AUGCGGCCCCUCAUCCACCUCCACUUCCCCUCUAUCAUCCCCUAUGCCGCCGCUGCACACCUUCAAGAAUCCCUCGUCUCGCGCUUCCUCGCGUCGAAACCGCCAUCCAACCUCCCAGCUCCGCCGCCGCAUAUCAUAACCGCCGAAUUCAAUCCCGUGUACACCUGCGGGCGCAGAGAAAUUGGAACGGUAUCCGCAGAGCAGCAAGACUACCUCCGCGCCAAUGGGCGCGCCGCCUUCGUAGAAGCCAUGCGUGGCGGGCAGACUACGUUCCAUGGGCCGGGCCAACUCGUCGCAUAUCCUAUCAUCGACUUGCGCACGCAUAGACUCACGCCGCGAGAUUAUGUCUGCGUGCUGGAAAAGUCGCUCAUAGCUACGUGCGCACGGUACGGCAUCAAAGCGAUGACCACAGAGCAUACAGGCGUGUGGACUACACCUGACGACAAGAUUGCCGCGAUUGGCGUGCAUAUGCGACGGAAUGUGACGAGCCAUGGAGUGGGGUUGAACGUUAGCACGGAUCUGUGGUGGUUUGAUAGGAUUGUAGCUUGUGGGCUGGAGGGAAAGCGGACGACAAGUUUUGAGAAGGAGGGGCUCAGGGGAAAGAGUGUGGAGGAGGUAGGGAAAGUGUUUGUGGGGGAGUUUGGGAAGAGGAUUGGGGCUGAGGGUGUUGAAGAGAGGGAUGCUGAGGAAUGA